CCAGCAGCCUCCACCAUGCCGCCAGAGGUCGACCCUAACGAGAUUAAAGUUGUAUACCUGCGGUGCACCAGUGGGGAAGUCGGUGCCACAUAUGCCCUGGCCCCCAAGAUUGGCUGCCUGGGUCUGACUCCAAAAAAGGUUGGUGAUGACAUCGCCAAAGCACCCGGUGACUGGAAGAGUCUGAGGAUUACAGUGAAACUGACCAUUCAGAACAGAGAGGCCCAGGUUGAGGUAGUGGCUUCUGCCUCUGCCCUGAUCUUCAAAGCCCUCAAAGAACCAUCACAAGAGAGAAAGAAGCAAAAAAACAUUAAGCACAGUGGCAACAUCACUUUUGAUGAGAUCGUCAACAUUGCCCAACAGAUGCGGCACCAAUAUUUAGCUAGAGAACUCUCUGGAAUCAUUAAAGAGAUCCUGGGGACUGCCCAGUCUGUGGGCUGCAAUGUCGAUGGCCGCCACCCUCAUGACAUCAUAGAUGACAUCAACAGCGGUGCUGUGGAAUGCCCGCCUAGUGAAAACCUACCAGGGAGAAUAUUUCAAUUAAAGGUCAUUUGA